UGUAAUAGGAGCUACAAAAGCUCGACCGGAUUUGAAGCUCAUCAUCACAUCUGCUACGUUGGACGCUGACAAGUUUGCUACCUACUUUGACAACUGCCCAAUUUUCACCAUUCCAGGUCGCACAUAUCCAGUUGAAAUUCUGUACACCAAGGAACCAGAAGCAGAUUAUAUGGAUGCUGCGCUUAUUACUGUCAUGCAAAUUCAUCUUUCUGAACCCCCUGGUGACGUUCUUCUCUUUCUCACUGGCCAAGAAGAGAUCGACACAGCAGCAGAGAUUUUGUACGAAAGAAUGAAGGCUCUAGGUCCAGAUGUACCGGAAUUGAUCAUCUUGCCAGUGUAUAGUGCCUUACCUAGUGAAAUGCAAUCUCGUAUUUUCGAACCUACACCCCCUGGAAGCCGUAAAGUUGUCAUUGCUACCAAUAUUGCUGAGACUUCUAUUACCAUCGAUGGAAUUUACUACGUCGUAGACCCUGGAUUUGUCAAGCAAAACAAGUGGGACGCUAAACUUGGCAUGGACUCCCUUGUCGUCGUACCUAUUUCCCAAGCUGCUGCUAGACAACGUUCUGGGCGCGCCGGACGCACUGGCCCAGGAAAGUGCUACCGUCUUUACACGGAGGCGGCCUAUCGCAAUGAAAUGUUACCUAACUCUAUACCUGAAAUUCAAAUGCUCAAUUUGUCCAUGACGGUUCUCAACAUGAAAGCGAUGGGUAUCAAUGAUCUUUUAAACUUCGAUUUUAUGGAUCCUCCGCCUGAAACGAAUUUGAUUACUGCUUUGGAACAGUUGUAUGCGCUGCAAGCUUUGGAUGACGAAGGUUUAUUGACAAGACUGGGACGAAAGAUGGCUGAAUUCCCUCUCGAGCCACCGUUAUCGAAAAUGUUGAUCGAAUCUGUGGACCUUGGUUGUUCUGAAGAGAUUCUGACUAUUGUUGCCAUGUUGACGGCGCAAAACGUGUUUUAUCGACCAAAGGAAAAGCAAGCCGCCGCGGACUCCAAAAAGGCCAAAUUCCAUCAACCAGAGGGUGAUCAUUUAACCUUGCUCACAGUGUACAACGGCUGGAAGGCAAGCAAGUUCUCUGCGCCUUGGUGUUUUGAGAACUUCAUUCAAGCUCGAAGUAUGAAACGUGCACAAGAUGUUCGCAAGCAGUUGUUGGGCAUUAUGGAUCGGUAAGUGGAUCAUCCCCGGAUUGCAUGGUUUAAUGUCGUACGAUAGUGCUAAUAUCUAUUUACAGUUAUAAGCACGAUAUUGUGUCUUGCGGUCGCAACUAUAAGAAAGCCUGUCGUGCUUUGGUAGGUGGAUAUUUCCGCAACGCUGCCAAGAAGGAUCCCCAAGAAGGAUACAAGACUCUUCUCGAAGGAACCCCUGUAUAUAUUCAUCCGUCCAGUGCGCUAUUCAACCAAAAUCCAGAAUGGUAUGUCAAUAAUAUAUAUUGAAUAGGAGUUUUA